GACAGUAGUUUCUGACAGAUUUCACUUCAGAGUCCACCUGUGAAAACGUGCAGCGGUUAUCUCCAGCAUGGAGUUAGAAGCCUGGUACAUGGACAGCUCUGAUGAAGACCAGAGAAAGCCGCACAGACUGAACCCAAAUCAGCCCGUGUCCCUGGAGGAGUUAAAGAAGCUGGGGGUGUUUCACUGGAAGCUGAAUGCUGACAUCUAUGAAACAGAUCCAGAGCUGGAGCAGAUCCGUAAAGACCAAGGCUACUCCUAUAUGGACAUUAUCACCAUUCACAAGGACACACUACUUAACUAUGAGGAAAAGCUGAAGACAUUCUUUGCAGAGCACCUGCACUUGGAUGACGAGAUCCGCUACAUCCUUGACGGCCGGGCCUACUUCGACGUGAGGGACAAGGACGAGCGGUGGAUCCGAAUUGCCAUGAGCAAAGGGGACCUGAUCACCUUGCCGGCUGGCAUCUACCACCGCUUCACCCUGGACGAGACUAACUACACUAAAGCCAUGAGGCUGUUUGUGGGGGAGCCUGUGUGGAAAGCUUACAACCGGCCCGCCGAUGACUUUGACAUCCGCAAGAACUACGUCGCGUCACUGCAGGGAUCCUGAGAGAGAGAGAGAGAGAGAGCUGUGUGAUUCCCUAUGACCACUGCUUCCACUAGAACCAGGGCCUCUAAUAUGAUUCUGUAGAGACAAUGAAGUAGGUUUACAGUUAGAAUGUUGAGACACACAUUGUGGAGAUCUCCUGUAGCAAAUCAGGCAUUAUGCACUAAGAUGCCUUUUGGUGAAUGAAAUCUCAGAGGUGGAAUUUCAGUAAGUACAUUUACUCAAAGGUACAAGUCUUUUCAUUUCAUUCUAAUUAACACUUCUAGAUUUAAUUUACCAGUUAGAUUUAGAUUCUACAGACUGACGUAACUGACCAUAUAAAGUAUCUAAAAUUAGCAUCCUGUCAACAAAAUAUAUCUAUAAAUAUAGUAUUUUAAAAGGGGCCAUGCUGCACUUUGUACUUUGACUUUUGAUUCCUAAGCAUAAUUAAUAUGUAUGUUAACUUCAGUAAAAGUUUGAUUGCAGGAUGGAGCAUCACUUACACAGGGUCUGAAUACUGUUAAACCACAGGACAAUCUGUAGUGCCUUAUUCUCUUAAAUCAGCUGUAUUUGAUCUUAGGUGCUCUCAGACUUAUCCUCAACAACAUGCUGAAAUAUGCAACUAAUACACACUAUUUUCUAAUUUCAUACUCAGAUCUCCCUGAAUCAGAAGUUAGAGAUGUUAGUGGUCUGUGCUAAUGGGGUUGAGUGUUUCUGACAUAUUCAUACAAAUUGUUUGUUGUAUGGAAAAUAAAGCUGCUUCUAUUUUCAA